CGCCCUUAGAACCCGCGGCCGGGCCGCCCCGCCCUGGAGCCCUCGGCGCAGGAGGGGAGGGCGGGGCGGGGCGGGGCGGGGCGGGUCCACAAGCCGAGCUCGCGCAUCUGCCGCGCCCGCUUCAGCACCUUUUGCUGUCCGCUGCAGUGGUCGACUCCUCCUCCAGGUGCUGACUACUCCGAUGCUGGUUUCCAAUUGCCUUGAUUAAAGUAGAAACAAUCUAUGGCUUGGAUGACUUACAUUUCACAUUGGUUUGAGCAAGAUGAUUGGUAUGAAGGACUACAAAGAGCAAACAUGUCCCAGGUAAGGCAGGUGGGACUGCUGGCUGCUGGAUGUCAGCCCUGGAACAAAGAUGUGUGUGCAGCCAAUGGAGAUAGGUUUGCAUACUGUGCGACCCUGGCCAUCUAUGUUUAUCAGUUGGAUCACCGUUAUAAUGAAUUCAAACUUCACUCAAUUAUGUCUGAACAUAAAAAAACAAUCACAGCUAUCUCUUGGUGUCCACAUAAUCCCGAUCUGUUUGCAAGUGGCAGUACCGAUAAUUUAGUGAUCAUUUGGAAUGUUGCAGAACAAAAAGUCAUUGCUAAACUGGACAAUACAAAAGGGAUGCCUGCCUCUCUUAGCUGGUGCUGGAAUGAAGAUGAUGCUGUAGCAUUUGCUUCCCACAGAGGCCCCCUGUUCAUCUGGACCAUCUCAGGACCAGACAGUGGGGUCAUUGUCCACAAAGACACUCAUAGCUUCUUGUCUGAUAUCUCUAUAUUCCGAUGGCAUACCCAAAAAAGGGGGAAGGUUGUCCUUGGUCAUAUUGAUGGAAGUCUAUCAAUUUUUCAACCAGGUAAUAAAAAUCAGAAGCAUGUUCUGAGACCUGACUCUCUUGAAGGGACAGAUGAAGAGGAUCCAGUUACAGCCCUGGAAUGGGACCCACUAUCUACUGAUUAUCUCCUUGUGGCUAAUUUGCAUCAUGGAAUUCGCCUAGUAGAUUCCGAAUCACUUUGUUGCAUAACAACAUUUAAUCUUCCCAGUACAGCAGCUUCUGUACAAUGCUUGGCCUGGGUUCCCAGUGCUCCUGGGAUGUUUGUAACAGGAGAUUCUCAAGUGGGUGUUUUGCGCAUCUGGAAUGUUUCAAGAACAACACCUGUUGAUAAUAUUAAAUUAAAGAAAACGGGAUUUCACUGCUUACAUGUACUUAAUUCUCCGCCAAGGAAAAAAUUUUCAAUCCAGUCCCCAACCAAAAAUCAUUAUACAUCCUCAACAAGUGAAGCAGUUCCACCCCCAACUUUGACCCAGAAUCAGGCAUUUUCUCUUCCUCCUGGUCACGCAGUGUGCUGUUUCUUGGAUGGUGGAGUGGGACUUUAUGACAUGGGAGCCAAAAAGUGGGAUUUUCUUAGGGAUUUGGGUCAUGUGGAAACUAUCUUUGACUGCAAAUUCAAACCUGAUGAUCCCAAUCUCUUAGCAACAGCUUCAUUUGAUGGCACCAUAAAAGUCUGGGAUAUAAACACAUUGACAGCAGUGUACACUUCCCCGGGUAAUGAAGGGGUUAUUUAUUCCCUUUCAUGGGCUCCAGGUGAUUUAAAUUGUAUUGCUGGAGCAACUUCCCGAAAUGGUGCUUUUAUUUGGGAUAUUAAAAAGGGAAAAAUGGUACAACGAUUUAAUGAGCAUGGAAAAAAUGGAAUAUUCUGCAUUUCCUGGAGUCAUAAAGAUUCCAAAAGAAUAGCAACCUGCAGUGGUGAUGGUUACUGUGUUAUUCGAAUGAUUGAUGGUAAAGUACUACACAAAUACAAACAUCCAGCAGCAGUGUUUGGUUGUGACUGGAGCCAAAACAACAAAGACAUGAUAGCCACUGGCUGUGAAGACAAAAACGUCCGCGUCUAUUAUAUGGCUACCAGCUCUGAUCAACCACUGAAAGUGUUUAGUGGGCAUACAGAGAAAGUGUUCCAUGUUAGGUGGUCUCCCUUGAGGGAGGGAAUUCUUUGCAGUGGCUCUGAUGAUGGUUCUGUUCGAAUCUGGGAUUAUACUCAAGAUGCUUGCAUAAAUAUUCUGAGUGGACACACUGCACCUGUGAGGGGAUUGAUGUGGAACACUGAGAUCCCAUAUCUAUUAGUAUCUGGCAGCUGGGACUAUACUAUAAAAGUGUGGGACACUCGAGAAGGAGCUUGUUUGGAUACUGUGUAUGAUCAUGGUGCAGAUGUAUAUGGUUUAACGUGCCAUCCAAGCCGCCCCUUCACUAUGGCCUCUUGCUCCCGUGACUCUACAGUGAGACUCUGGUCAUUAACACCUCUAAUCACCCCUUUACAAAUAAAUAUUCUGGCCGACAGAUCUUGGGAAGAAAUUAUCGGGAACACGGAUGGCGCUAUAGAACACGGCACGCCUCCCCUGCUGUGUGGCAAAGUGUCAAGAGAUAUUAAACAGGAAAUAGAGAAACUGACGGGUAAUCCUCGCAUGAAAAAACUAAGAUGGUUUUCAGAAUGCUUAUCACCUCCAGGGGGCAGUGACAAUUUGUGGAACUUAGUUGCUGUGAUCACAGGGCAAGAUGACAGCUUACUUCCUCAGAACUACUCUAAAGGAAUAAUGCAUUUGAAACAUCUCGUUAAAUUCAGAACAUCUGAAGCACAAGAACUAACCACAGUCAAGAUGUCUAAAUUUGGUGGUGGCAUUGGUGUCCCUACUAAAGAGGAAAGACUGAAGGAAGCUGCCGAAAUAUACUUGAGAUUAGGACAGAUUCAGAGAUAUUGUGAACUGAUGGUUGAACUUGGAGAGUGGGACAAAGCCUUGUCAGUUGCCCCAGGGGUCUCUGUGAAAUACUGGAAGAAGUUGAUGCAGAGGAGAGCAGAUCAGUUAAUCCAGGAAGAUAAGGAUGAUGUCAUUCCAUACUGCAUAGCCAUUGGUGAUGUGAAAAAAUUAGUCAAUUUUUUUAUGUUGAGAGGCCAGCUUAAAGAAGCCCUGCUUGUUGCACAGGCCGCCUGUGAGGGAAAUAUGCAAACCUUCCAUGUUCCUACACCUAAAGGAUCUUCACAUUCUGAUGAUAUCUACAAGGAAGACUUUAAUGAACUCCUGCAGGAAGCCUGUAAAGAGCUGGCAGAAUGGUAUUUUCAGGAUGGCCGCGCAGUCCUGGCAGCGUGUUGCCACCUCGCUGUAGAUAAUAUCGAGGUGGCCAUGGCAUACCUGAUUCGUGGAAAUGAGUUGGAGUUGGCGGUCUCUGUGGGUACUGUACUGGGAGAGCCUGCAGCAUCAGCAACCCACUAUGCCCUGGAGUUAUUGGCAAGAAAGUGCAUGAUGGUUCCAACAUGCUUUCCAUCUGUUGGAUACAGGAAUUUGGCAGCGGAUCUUCUCCUAAUGAUUCCUGAUAGUGAACUACAGUUAGUAAAACUCUGUGCUUUUUACCCAGGGUGUAUGGAAGAAAUAAAUGAUCUUCAUGCGAAGUGCAAGCUACCCACAGUAAAAGAAUGUAUGCGGUUAGCUGAGAUGACCCAUGCUGAUGGCAAUCUGUUUGAAACUAUCAAGUACUACUUGUUAAGUCAAGAACCUGAAAAAGCCCUUCCUAUUGGUAUUGACUUCAUCAAAGAAUACAUCAGUAGUUCGAAUUGGACUUUGGAUACCAUUUACCCCAUUCUUGACCUAUUGAGUUAUAUUCGUACUGAAAAAUUAGUCUUGCAUACAUGUACUGAAGCACGAAAUGAACUGCUGAUACUAUGUGGCUAUGUUGGUGCGUUGCUGGCUAUCAGAAGACAGUACCAAAGCAUCGUUCCUGCACUUUAUGAGUACACAAGUCAGCUGCUAAAACGUCGGAAGGUGUCGGUGCCUUUAAAAAUUGAACACCUUUCUGAGGAAUUGGAUGCGUGGAGAGCUUGCACACAGUCCACCAACCCAUCAUCAGAAGAGUCUUCAUAUACACCUCCUUCUGAUUCACAAAGAAUGGUUUAUGCAACUUUACUAAAGAGGCUAAAAGAAGAACCACUCAGAGGAAUUGCUGGACCAGAUUAUGUGACUGGAUCAAAUCUUCCCAGUCAUUCCGAUAUUCACAUCUCUUGUCUCACAGGAUUAAAAAUCCAGGGCCCCGUAUUUCUUCUUGAAGAUGGGAAAUCCACGAUCUCCUUGAAUGAUGCUUUGAUGUGGGCAAAGGUGAACCCAUUCUCACCUUUGGGGACUGGCCUACGACUCAACCCAUUUUGAUAGAAAGUUUUUUCCUCGGGAUGAUUGUUUUUUUUAAAGACCUUUUGUGGUUAGUAUUACCUUAACCUUUGUUAUCCAAGAGCCAAAGCUUGGGAGGAGGUGAGGGGGCCGUGGGGACUCACACUUGAUUUUAUUCAUUAACUUCAGAAAAUAAAAUAUUUAUAUAAUUUCAAGGA